AUGGCUAGUUGUAUCAUUAUUUCCAACUGGUACAUUUUCUUGUUUAGUGUUUUUUAUAUCAACUUACUAUGUUGUACUUGUACAUCUAAAAUUAGUCAAGGGGAAAUUUUAAGAGAUGGUGAUAUGUUAAUUUCUCCAAAAAGGAAAUUUAAUUUGGGAUUUUUUAGUCCAAAUGUUUCUAAUAAUCAAAGGUUUGUUGGUAUAUGGUAUGUUGAUGGUCCAAAAAAUUCAUUUGUUUGGAUUGCAAACAGAGAUAAACCAAUUUUUGAUAAAAAUGGUGUUUUUACUAUUGAGAAAAAUGGGAAUUUAGUGGUGAAAAAUGGUCGUGGCGAUUUAAUGUGGACGAAUAAUGUUACUGCUAUGAAUAAUAAUUGUACAGCACAUCUUUCUGAUAAUGGAAAUCUUAGGAUGUUUAAUGCUAAUAACAAGGAGUUGUGGCAGAGUUUUCAGCAUCCUACAGAUACAUUUUUACCAGAAAUGAGAUUUUAUUUGGAUGAAGUUUUGAGGUCAUGGACUAGUGAAAGUGAUCCUUCACCUGGACGGUACUCAUUAGGAGUAAAUACUCGCGGAUCACCACAAAUUGUGAUCUUGGAUGGAGAGAAGAGACGUUGGCGGAGUGGAUAUUGGGAUGGACGCAUAUUCACAGGAGUUACAGAUAUGAAGCCCGAGUAUCUACAUGGUUUCAAGCUUUACAAUGAAGGAGAUAAGCUAUACUUCACUUACACUGUUGCAGAUUCUUCUGAUUUGGUGAGGUUCCAUAUUAGUCCAACCGGAUACGAGCUGGAACAAAGGUGGGAUAAAGAUAACGAAAACUGGAGUAUAAUACAGUCUCAUCCAUCAGGUGAUUGUGACUUGUAUAACUUAUGUGGGAAUUUUGCGAAAUGUGAUGUCACAUAUUUGAAAAAAUGCAUUUGUUUAGUUGGAUUUGUACCGAAAAAUUUGGGGCAGUGGAAUGCCAGGAACUGGUCAGAAGGGUGUGUUAGGAGGAAAGAACUGGAAUGCAGAGGAAAUAACAGUGUCUUGAAGAGUGUUAGUGGAAAGAAAGACGGAUUCUUUGAGAUUGAGAAAAUCAAGUUGCCGGAUUUUGCUGAUACUGCAUAUUUACAAAAUAUCGAUGAGUGUCGAAGCAUGUGCCUUGAAAAUUGUUCAUGUACUGCUUAUGCUUUUGUUAGCGGAAUCAAUUGCAUGAUGUGGACUGGAGAUUUAGUCGAUAUGCAGCAGUUUCAGGAAGGCGGAAACACUCUCUAUGUUCGCCUUGCUGAUUCUGAAUUUGCUGGAAGCAACAAGACAGUCAAAAUUGUGGUAAUAUCCGUUAUGGUAGCCGGGGCUUUUCUUGUUUGUAUGGUAGUUUUUCUACUAUGCAAGUACAAAGCCAAAACGCGAGUGUCCAAUAGGAUCAACCAAAUGGAGACAAGCGAUCCAACUAGGAGUGGAGAGUUUUCUAUGAACACAUCAGGAGCAGGAGACUUGAGUAUUGAAGGGCAUCAAGGAAGUGGUUCAGAACUUAUAUUCUUCAGUUUCAGCGGUGUAGCAGCAGCUACCGACAACUUUUCUAACGAAAACAAGCUGGGACAAGGUGGAUUUGGCCCUGUCUACAAGGGAAAACUACUAUGUGGCGUAGAAAUUGCAGUGAAGAGACUUUCAAGAAAGUCAGGACAAGGUGUGGAGGAAUUCAAGAAUGAGAUCAAGCUAAUCGCCAAAUUACAACAUAGAAAUCUUGUUAGACUGAUGGGAUGCUGCAUUGAAGGAGAAGAAAAGAUGCUUCUUUACGAGUACAUGGCAAACAGAAGUUUAGAUUCAUUUCUAUUUGAUCCUGUUAAGCAAGCUCAAUUAGACUGGAGGAAACGCUUCAACAUUAUUGAAGGGAUUGCACGAGGGCUAUUGUAUCUCCAUAGAGAUUCGCGACUCAGAAUAAUCCAUAGGGAUUUAAAGGCUAGUAACAUUUUGCUAGAUGAAGAGAUGAACCCGAAAAUUUCAGACUUUGGUAUGGCUAGGAUAUUUGGUGGAAAUGAAAAUGAAGCAAAUACAAAUAGAGUAGUUGGGACAUACGGAUAUAUGGCUCCUGAAUAUGCAAUGGAAGGCUUGUUCUCAGGAAAAUCUGAUGUUUAUAGCUUUGGUGUACUAUUACUGGAGAUCAUCUGUGGACGGAGGAACACAAGUUUUCGUUCAAAUGAACACUCUGGCAUUAUUGGUUAUGCAUGGCAGAAGUGGGAUGAAGGUACACCAAUGGACUUAGUAGACCGUUCUAUUUGGGACGAGUGUCAAUAUGAUGAAGCAUUGAGAUGUAUACAGUUAGCACUAAUUUGUGUACAAGACAUGGCAGUUCACAGACCGAGCAUAUCAUCCAUCGUGUUAAUGUUGGAGACGGACAAUAUACGAUUGCCCUUGCCUAGGCAACCUACAUAUACCUCAAUGAGAAAACAUGAAGAUGCAGAAACAUGGAAUGAGAAGCAGGAUUUUUCUGCAAACAAUGUCACAAUUAGUGUUAUAGUUGGUAGAUGA